AUGGAGAAUCGGGGUUGCACAAGAAGGCUGUUGGACCGAACUCAAGCAACCCCAACCCCUAACAUGCAAACCCAUCCAGAAGCUACGUAUAUACCAGGUCCAUCUAGUCGACCCAUGCAGCCUCUGCAGCAGACCCAAGAUGAGGCCCAACCACUGCCUGCGGCCACAACACAACAUCAAGUGAGCCAGCAGUCAAUAAUGCAACCUGCUCCAAUACCUCUGCAGACCCAACAUGAGGCCCAUCCAUCGCCGGCUGCCACAAUACAUCAUCAAGUCAACCAGCAGCCAGUAAUGCAACCUGGUCCAAUACCUGCGCAGUCACUGCACUACAUGAUCCCCCAAGCCCAACCACAGCAGACUUUCUCGACAGGUCCAUCGCAUCAACCCAUUCAGCCUCAGCAAGCCCAACAACAGACUCCCACGACACAGCAAGUACAGCCCCAGGUCCAAACAAGCAACGAUCAGGAAACUGUGCCAGUGCAUUCGGUUCAUAAUCUAGUUUCUUGA